GUUUGACAUUCAUAUUAAUGUUCAUACCUAACCUUUAAAAAUACCGGCAUACAAAGUCCGUAAAGGUACGAGUGUGCUUUCAUGUUGCACAGCCAACAGCUUGAUGCGCAGUCGCUUGACCUACCAACUGUGCAAUAGGAACACAUCUAUGUGAUCUCGACCGUUAUCAAUUAUCUGGCCUGACGAGGGUGCUCUCAGGGGGUUUGCGUCAGCCCUGGGGUAUCAUGUCCAAACGGGCAAAGACGCAGCCCGGAAGGCCCAAGCAGAUGGCAGACGCGGUUGAAGUCAUCAGCUUACUUGAUGACUCGUCAGCCUCAGAGGAGGACCCAGAUGCGGCCAUGGCGCAAGCGCCCUCCACCAUGCGCCCGACAAAACGCCUGCGACGCCUAGAGCACGUAGCCGGCGAGCCUGCCAGCUCCCGGCCAGCCACUGCCAACCCUUCAACCGCGCCAGCUGCUGCCCCUGCCCCAGCUCCGCCCCCGCCAGCACCAGCUGCAGCCCCAGCCCGCCCUUCCCGCCGUCGGCAGGAACCCAAGGAGGAAGCCCUUCCUCCAACGGCCUCCCAGCGGCCCUCCAAGCUGCGCCAAAGCACAUUGCCUGUUACCCGAGCUCGUGGAGCCCUGCCGCUGCAACUGCUCAACCUGACUCGUGCCCGGAUAGCCGGCACGGCUGCAGCACCCACGGCUUCAGGCGACAGCCAGCCCCCCGGCAGUCCCGCCGCCUCCUCCCAGCGCUCCGGCCUCUCCCAAGACCCCGACUACGCACCCUCCCAGGGCGCUUCGCAGCCUGCAUCGCAGGCCUGCUCCCAGCCUGGCUCCCAGUCCGCUUCCCAGCCGCAGUCCUCCCGGGCGCAGCUCAGGCAGUUGACGCUGGCGCCCGCGCGCGGUACCAGCAGCGUCAGCGGCGGCGGCGGCGGCUUGACUCGGCUGGCUGUCACCAGCACGGGAGCAACAGCCCUACCCCCUCGGAACAGCAGCGGCGGCGGUGCCUCCUCCGCCACUGCCGUGGCCCCCCUGGCUGCGCCUGGCAACAGCGCCUGGCUGCAAAAGACGCUUCCCACAGCACCGCCAAGCACGUCCGGGGUUCCACCGCGACCAGAACGGCCCGACCCAGAUCGCAACCGUGUCAACGGCACCGCCGUCGUCCCGACACCCAGCAGCGGCGGUAACGCUGCCGCUGCUGGCGCCUGCUGCUCCGCGCAGGCGCAGGAGAUGUGGCACGAGCGCCACGCACCCCGCAGCGAGGAGGACCUGGCCCAGGUGAUCCACCGCAAGAAGGUGGCCGAGGUGCGCG